AUGGAGAUGUCAAAGCUAUAUGAGCGACUGUCGAAGUGCACGAUUAGCUUUGCUUCAGAUGAAGAUAAGUGUGUCCUAGCUCCACAUCAUGAUGCAUUAGUCAUAUCUUUGACAAUCGCUAAUAGUCUGAUGAAAAGGACACUCGUUGAUAAUGGGAGUUCGACCAACAUUCUCUUCAUGGAUGCUUACAAAGGAUUAGGGCUGGAUGAGAACGCACUGACGCGAAAAUCCACACCAUGUGCCAUCGACACUCCAUCAAACCAUAAAAUUUCCUACUCCAUGGGGAGUCAAAGAGAUCAAGGGAGAACAAGAGCAUGCACGUUCAUGCUACCAAACUACCUAAAAGGGAAAGGUCAUGAGCUAUAUCAACUAGAGAUCCAAUCGUCGAUUCCACAUACCAAAGAAGCAGAGGUGGAACAACUCGGUGAGAUCCACUGA